GGCGCGCGGGAGCUGCGCGCGCGCACCCUCGCCAGUCGCCAGUCGCUCCCGGGAUGCCGGCCUAGUCGCGAGUGCAGGCGGACGCAGCCAACAUGUACACACAAGCCAACGUGCUGAGCGAGGACAAGGACUCGUCCAAGAACUUAGUGAGCGGGGAGUUCGAGCGGGGCUACCGCGGAGGCGCGCGCGCGCGGCGCGGGUGUGGCGUGGCGGGCGUGUGGUGUGGCGUGGCGGCGUGCGCGGCGUGGCUGCUGGUGCUGACCGUGCUGCGCGAGCUGCAGCUGGCGCGGCUGCGACGCGACGUGGCCGACCUGUCCGCCUCGCUGCUGGCCGUGGACGCCACCGUGCACACGCUGCAGCAGAAGAUCUCCAACAACAGGCUCUUCGACGAGUUCAAGACCCUCGAGGACACGAUAUACGCGGAUGAAGACAUCGGCAGUAUCCCGGUGGAAGACCACCCGUCAGGGCAGGACCGGCAGAGCUUCGACCCUCAGGGCAAGCUGGACGGCCUGACCGUGCUUGAGGACGAUGAUGAUGAUGAUGAUGAUGGAGACGAUCUGGAUGAUGAGGACUACGGCGAUGAAGAGAGCGGCGACUACUAUCCGGAUUAUGAUAAGCAUAAGAUGAACAGCAACAUGCUGAAGUCGGAGGACCUGUCGGGCUCGGUGGUGACGCUGGGCGGGCGGCUCGACAACUCGGAGAAGAUACGGGAGAUCAAGCGGAUGCUCAAUGAGAACCCAGAGAUGCCUGACAUAGCACUAGCAGCGCUGACCCCGCCGGCACUUGCAGCGGGCGCAGCUCAGAACAACUUAGCAGAGAACAACUUAGCACAGAACAACGCAGGGCAGAACGACGCAGAACAGACCGACGCAACGCAGAGGCGCAGGCGCAGCGUGUUCCCUGACUCCCCGCUGGACGCGGUAGACGAGUUCGCAGCCCCGAGGAUGAUCAAGAAUGACCAACGACGAGUGCCCAAGAAGUUCUCGCUACCCGCCACGGAGGCGCCACUGCCGCUCGCCGUCACGCACGCCUCGAGGAUCGCGAGGAACAGUGAGGACGAGGCGGGGCAGCGCAGGCCCUUCAUCGCAGCGCACUUCCACGGCAACACCUCGCAUCUCAACACGCAGACGCAUGAGCAUUAUAAAGGCAACGGCCUAGUCCGCCUCGCUCACGGCGCCCACCACGAUGUGUGGUACCCGUCAGCCUGGACGCUGGCGUCGCCGCGGCGCCCCACGCUCACGCAGGGCGGCCACGUGCACGUGCACCACACCGGCGUCUACCUCGUCUAUGUCCAGAUAUACUACCUAGACUCGCACGACGUGAUAUCGUGGGUGCUGCACCGCACCAACCCGUCUACCGAAGGGCGUGACACGCUGCUCCAGUGCGCACAGACCUCGCACUCUUCAGAGCCAGUGGACCGGCCCAACUCCUGCUACUCCGCCGCCGCCCUGUUCCUCCGCCAGGGAGACCGCCUGGCCGUCAGGAACACGGGCGGCAGCAGACACUCCCUGAUGCAGCCAGAGAAGAGCUUCAUAGGCCUCGUGCAACUGGCCGACACGAUCGAACCCGACCAGGAAUUAUAAUUCAACGACCGCCAUUUUGUCUCGUCGCCAUUUUGUGUUUAGAGAUUCAUGCUUUAAUUUUUUGCAAUUCUCCUUUUUGUAUUUUGUUAUUUAGGUAUACUUACUUAUUGUUUAUACGUAAUAAUUUUAUUAGCUUGAUCAGAUAGGUUCUUUACUGUCUAGUAAAUGUUAGUCCAGGUAGAUUAGAUUGCGUAGUUUUUAAACUAAUGCCCAGUUUUUGAAUUGAGAAUUAGAAUAAUUACAGCAUGGCGCAGUUACUACAAUGCUAGAUUCUUUAUUCAGACACCGGCCCUAAGUCACACAGUGCCAUUGUUGAUUUGUCUAGAAUAACACUCAUAGUUAACAUAACUUUAGAUCUGUUUCGCCCAGAUUAAUUAACUAGAAAGAUCUGUUAUGCCAUUGAUAUGAUAAGAACUAAUAUACUUAGGUUUAAUAUUGUAAUUUAUUACAUAAUGUUAGAGUAAGUCUAGGAAGAUAAUAUGAAGAUAAAGAGCGUACGGAGCGGACAAAAUAUAAUACUGUUUAAAGUGAGAAAUAAAAUUGUUUUAUGAA